UUUUACCAUAUUUCUAUAACAAACAAAUAGGCCCAACUCGGCCUAGAACAGAAAUCUAAUUUUAGUAAAGGAUCGGUUGUCUGUUCUAUUCUUAAUUCUAGUUGAUCUAGAUUAGAUUAGACCUAUUUCACUACAGUGUAAAUGGCUUACCCGGGACAGUAUGGAUAUGGAGGACAGCCAGGUGGUUACCCUGGUGGUGCCCCAGGAUAUGGGGGGGCACCUGGGUAUGGAGCACCACAGCAUGGGUAUCCUGGCCAACAGCCCUAUCAAGGAGGGCCUCCAGGUAAAACUUAUGGUCAAGCUCCAACGAUUGACCCACAAGUCCAGCAAUGGUUUAUGUCUGUGGAUGGUGACAGGUCAGGCAGAAUAACAGCUUUAGAGCUGCAGCGAGCACUAGUCAACACAAACUGGACACAGUUUAACGAGGAAACCUGCCGGCUAAUGAUUGGUAUGUUUGACAAAGACUUUAGUGGCACCAUUGACUUGUACGAGUUUCAAGCACUUUGGCAUUACAUUCAACAGUGGAAGGCUACCUUUGAUCGUUUCGACUCCAAUAAAUCUGGUUCUAUUGAGGGACAUGAGCUCCAACAGGCCUUUCAGCUGAUGGGGUACAAUGUAUCACCACAGUUUGUCCAGACUGUGGUCAUCAAGUUUGACCAUUAUGGACGUCGUAGCUUGACCUUAGAUAACUUCAUACAGUCUUGCGUGAUGCUCAAGUCACUGACUGACGCUUUCAAGCAGCGGGACCACAUGAUGGCGGGGCAGGUGAGGAUGUCCUACGAGGAGUUCAUGCAGCUGGCUGUCUUGUAUAAGCCCUAAAAGUUCUCUCAUCCACUGUGUUAUACAACAUACUGUUGACAUUUUUUUCUAAGUCCUAAUUUUUUUAUUAUAUACAACUUUGUUGUUUGUAUUUGAUUGUAGACUUUUAAAAAAAUUAUAUUUGCAUAGCACUGAGUUGUUUUAUUUAAAAUUGUUAGCCAGUUAAAAUGUUAAUGCAUGUUGUGGAUAUUUUAGUCAUACCUAAAUGGUGGCUAGUCAAGGUAAUCCUAACAAAGGCUAUAAGACUCCUGUAGACUUAUGUAGGUAACUUUCCUUCACCUGCCCUCAUGGACUGACAAGUUCAGAAAAGGGAACUUUACCUUUUUUAAGUUCAGUUAUUUUUUGCUGAUACCUUAUAUAGAUUCUGAUAGAAUAACACUUAGGUAAGGAGCACAGAGUGCCCUUCUGACUAAUAAAGAAAACCCAACAAAGCUUAUACCUGUAAUGUUAAGUAUACACCAACAUCAGUUAUAAUUAUGUGAUCAACUGUGAUGGGCCAGUGAGAUUUGAUAAAUUUAAGAGCCGUCUGAAAGCACAUUUUUUAUCUUCUUAUAUCACCCAAUUGUAUGAACUGUAUUUAUUAAAGGUGGCAUUAAAUGUAUGCUUAUCAGUAUAAUUAUGUAAAUUUUUUAAGUUUAUAGGUAAAUAUUGUCAAAUGACUUAAUAUUGGAUUAAAGUUCCACUUUUAAUGAGAAACAUGAUAUAUCACCAUACAACUUCUUUGUUGCCUAAGAUUUUGCCUUAAUUUGGUUGGUUCAUCUAGAAACAAGUUCACACAAGCUGUUUAUUACUUCAGAAAAUGUUUUCUCAUUGUUCUGCAACAUGUUUUGGAAAAAUGUGUAUUCCCUCUUUUGUUGUAAAAAACAAUUUUAGUAAAAACAUUUAAUUACUCAAACAUUAAAUUUAUUUAUAAAAUUG